UGCUGGGCGGUGCGGGUGACAUUGGGCACGGCCAUGGUGGUGGCGGCGCUGGGCCGGGCGGCGGGGCGGCUGCUGCGGGCCGGGGCCGCCGUGCCCGGGCGGCGGCGCGCGGGCGGCGGGGUGCACAUCCCGCCGCGGUACCGGCAGUUCCCGGAGCUGACGCGGGCGCAGGUGAUUCGAGGCGAGGCGCUCAGCGGCUUCAUGUGGUUCUGGAUCCUCUGGCACUUCUGGCACAGCUCGGACAUGGUGCUGGGACACUUUCCCUAUCCCGACGCUUCGGCCUGGACGGACGAGGAGCUCGGCAUCCCUCCGGACGAUGAGGAAUAGCAGCACACCGCUCUAAACCAAAAGCUUCAACCACUGCUGAACGCAGCAUUUGAGGAGGUCUUUCUUCUGCUCUGUGUGGUGGGAAGAGGAUGAGCGAAAAGGUUCUCAGGUUUUUCUUCUGUUACUUUCAGGUUCCCGGAACUAAUUGAGGCCCCUGGAACCAAAUUUUUGGCUCCUGGGUCCUUAUGUCAAUAAAACUGCAAACAAAGUCUAA